AUGCCAUGGUUGAAGAUCACCUCAGCAUCAUUUCCACCGUCUCUCGCUGGUACCAGAGAUGUAUAUACCUCACCACGCACCACUCAGCAAAUUUUGCCUCGCCGUUAA